AGACUUUCAGAGUUUGUGAACGAGUUGAAAGAAAGAGACGUAACUGAAGCUAGCUCGCCUCGUAGGCUAGCUGAAUGUUCUGCCGUCUCGCAGAUGUGGCGAAAGCCACAAGAAAGGGCGGAAUGUGGGGGGUCCGAUAUAUAAGACUGGGAAUGGGCUUGUCUAUUAGUAACGCGGUUAUUGGACCGGUCGGUUCGGUGUCAGUGGAAGCAGCGUUGACCGAGAGCAGGCUGCUGUGUUUUGGGGUGAAUAACCAGAGCUAUUUCUGCGAUUCAGGUCACUGCUGUGGAGAGUCUCAGUGCUGCAGCUAUUACUAUGAAGUGUGGUGGUUUUGGUUGGUCCUGACCCUCAUCAUUAUUCUGGGAUGCUGCUGCAUAUGUCACCACCGUCGAGCCAAACACAGACUGCAGCAGCAACAACGACAGCAUGAGAUCAACCUCAUCGCUUACAGAGAAGCCCAUAACUACACCUCUGUGCCCUUCUACUUCAGGUUUCUGCCUGGCUACCUCUUACCCCCAUACGAGGAAGUAGAGAACAGACCUCCAACCCCUCCGCCUCCAUACAGUGCCUCUCAGCCAGGCCAGUCCACCAGCACUGACCCCCUUUGUUCUGAUCCACCGAAUGAGCUCUGCUCUCCCCUGCAAUCCAGCCCCGUUGCCUCUGCAUCAGAGAACUGUUCCCCAGAUCCCUGUGUGGAGCCACCGCAUUCGCCUACAACUCACCUCAAACCGUACUUCAGUGUAGAGGACGAACUUCAGCAGGUAGCGUGCGCCACCUCAGACAGCCUGGUAAAACAGAGCGACAGCAAGGAAGAUCUGACAAAACCUGGAGAUCAAAGUCUGGACUGUUCUCCUGACAGCAAAGACAAGACUCCAGGGCGCCACAGGCGCUUCACAGGUGAUUCUGGGAUUGAGGUAUGCGUGUGCAACCAAGGGCCUGGAGAGGAAGAAGAGGAGGAGAUGAAGGAGCUCAUGGAUGGAAAGAUGCGUGAGGAGCAGGACUUCUGUGAUAGCUGCAAUUCCCGUAGCAGUGGCCCCCAGGGUCUAGGGGACGAGGAGCAGGGCCUGGCUGCCUCAGACGGGGCUCUGGAGCAUCAGCGACCUCCUGUCUGCCUCCAUCUGCACACCAUUAACGAACAGGAGGGUCCACAUAACAAUAUGGAUCCCCAAAGUUGAGCACGACCAGUCUUGCUUUAGACUCUUGUCUCCCUUUACUUUGUCAAUAUACAUCGGUUUGUACUGUCAACAGUGUCACUUUGGGUGUAUUGUAUAUGCGCGAGUGAGAGCGUUUUAGCAGGGCGUUUGUGCAAGUCCUAUGUUUUUUAAAGAAUUAUUAGGAUAAGCUAGUAAAGACGUUUUAUAGGUCUGUUUCCUCAAAGAGGGGUCAUGAUCAAAGCCACAGGGGAAAUUUUGUUCCUCAGUUUAUAGCCUUAUAGGGUUGACAUGCCUGUAGAUCUGGAGGUGGUUUGUCAGGGUAUAUUGAUUGAUGUGUUGUUUUGAGGCACAGUUUUUAUCUGUAAUAUCACUUAAAAUACGGCACGUCUCGUAUGGGCAAAAUUACACAGUGUAAGAAAAAGGGUCAAGACUGCCAGUGCAUUCCAAAGAGCAGUCUACCAACACUUCAGAGCUUUAAUGGUUAAAUUCUUUGCUUUUUUUAAUUAAAUAUUUGAUCUGAAGUGUCACUGCAUGAUGAAGUGUCUAAUUUUAUCCAUCCAGAAAUAAUUCUGGGUAUGGUGAUAAUUUUGUUUGCGUCUGUCUUGUCAUUGUAUUAUAUGGUCUCGGCUUAUCCAAAACAAAGCCGUAUUUUGCAUGAUUAUUUGCAUAAACUGAAUCGAUCCACAAGCAGAAAUCAACAGUUCCUGUUAUACCACAUGCUAUAAAGUAGUGAAUUAUGAAGUUUAUUAUGCAAUGACUCUUUAAUGAAGGUAUACCAUUUGUGUAGACAUACCCCAGCUUAUACAUUAGCAAUAGGUGCCUUUGUUAAAUUUGAGUAGUUUUCAUAUGCCUUAAAAAAGUAUAGUUGUGUGUGUAUGUAUGAUAGAAUGGAUUUGUGCAUAAAUGAAUCAAGGGCCAAUAUCAGUAAACAUUUUCAUCAAUGAUAAUUUCUUGUUUUAAAGGAUCACUUGAUAAGCCUUCCAUUGAAAGAUAUUUAUGUUUUGCCUUAAUUUUACGUCUUUAUUCGCCUAUAGUGCAAGUUUUUGUAUCUUAACACUGUAAGGGAACUCUUGCACCACUAAUGGUAAGUUGAGUUAUGACUUUAUUACAUAGAAUAAGCUUUUAAUGCAAGUUUAUUGUAGCAGAUCAGGUAAAAUUACUGUUGUUAUGCUAGUAUUUUCUACAGAUUAGCACUUACAGUUUAUGAUAAGAUUGAGAUACAGUGUGUUUUUGUUUAUUUUGUGGCAGUAUAUAUCUGCCCCAAUCCUCCACUGCAUUUCUUACACUGUCGUGUGUGUGUGUGCGUGUGUGUUUUUAAUAGUUUUGUUCCGUUAAGGAGAUUUUUUUUUCAUCAGGCCACUGUGUUUAUUUGACCUUUUGGUUCGGAUUAGCGGUAAGGUUUCAUGAUGCAGCAGUUAAUUUAGGUUUGUACUGCUUUGGCUGGAAAAACUGGUUUUGGAGGCGGAUUACAAAACUGACUUGGUGCCUUUGGAAAAUGUAUGUAGCAGUAUUGUCAGACUAACUCUAAUAUACAGUAAAGAGUGUGAAUCUUGAGUGGUUUGGACCAGUUAUCAUAGAUACAUAUAUAAAAAUACAUAUUUUAUUUGGCCAAAGAUUGAAGCUAUUAAAUAAGGUCAGUUACAGAAGUGAUCUGUCACAGCAAGGAGCUUAUGCAGUUCAUUCUCUAUCUCUAAUCCUGAUUGUUCUCUUUUGUUCUUUGCUGUUUGAGAGACCAAUGUUGUUUAAAGGUGGAUAUCGCAAUGUUGGUUAGCUCGCUGUUAAUGAGUUUUGGUUGACUGUUGUACCUGAUAAAGUUAUCAUUGCACUGUUUUGACACUGAUGCGGUGAGAUUGUGUGUUUGAAGGUGACGAAGGCUUCGCAAGCCAAUUGAUUUUGUUUUUCUUAAGCUUUGAUUUUAAGCCUGGUACUACAUUUUCAUUUUGUAUCUGUAGUCACUUUCUUUUUAUAUAUAUAUUAAACUAUUUUCUGCAUUUUGUAAAGACUCAACCAAAAUGAUUGAUUAUCAAAGAAUGUUCAAUAUUAAUAAAAUAAUAUUUUUAAGUCAA